GUGAGCAGAGCACACACGUCGCACUAUCAACUGAAUCCAUCUAAGAAAACAACUCGCUGGCAGUCCGGGUCUGAGCUGCGUAGAUACUAAAAGGCAAGUUUGAGCUUCCCCCGAUAAAAGAGCGCAGAGGACGGACGCGGCUGGCCGUCAUGGCCAGUGGAGGACACUUCUGCGAGUGCGUCCUCACCGUUCGGGCACAGUGUGGAAGGGGAGAGCUGGCGAUCACCCUGCCGCCGCUUCUUUCGGUCGUCAAGCGCUGCAGACGGUGUUAAAAGCGGAGGUUGGGAAACACAAAAAAAGUGCGCUGGGGACGGACCUGCAGUCACUUAUUGAGGGGACCCAUACGGGAAAAUAUGCUGUUCCGUACACUCACUGGGUCCACGCUGCUGAUCGGAACCGACUCCUCGCACCAGCGUUACCGAACGGACCUUUACGCACGGGCAUACAGCCGGACCGCAUGAAGGACAGAGGCGCAAGGAAAGGGGAAAAGUUGAGCGGGUUUUGUAAUGGAUAAAGGCUCGCCAAAGGUCUCCGGAUCCAAAUGUCACCCCCCUUGGACUCUAUCCUGGUCAGGGACCAACAGUGUGUGACGGGCAGGCGAGUGAAGGCUGUGGUGGCUCUCUACUGCGUGGCUUCAAAUUGGCCCUGGCUGAGCUCUGCAUGGAGCAUCGAGUGAAGAGUCCUGCUAUGGUCCGAUGUAUAAGCAUGGAUGGAGUCAGUCAGAAGACUGGCCACCACUAAUGAGACCAUCGUACUUCAGCUGAGGACUAGCAUUUACAGGAUUACUCCCACGAUUUCCUGCAGUUUUCUCAGCUAACUGCAUCAUUACCAAACUCUCCUAGUUGGACCUUUCUGGUUUUUGGUGGAUAUAUACGUCAAUGCCUUUCUGAAUUUCAUCUUUCUUUAAUCUCCUACUAGUUUUUUUAUAUCGUUGGUUUCCUUUUUCCUGUUUUGUUUUUCCACUAUGGAGUUUCUUGCUGGAACCUGGAAUAAAGAUUGGGCUUCAUUCUUGCAAGUUUGGUUGACUGUAAUCCUAAGCCUCCAAACGCAAUUCAGCCCGGGUGCGUCUUGCCCGGAAGAGUGUCGUUGUGACAAACCAUUUGUGUACUGCAACGAACGCAGCCUGACAUCAGUGCCUCAUGGGAUACAGGACGGCUUCAAGGUCCUCUUCCUACACAACAACCAGAUAAACAAUGCUGGCUUCCCCCUGGACCUUCACAAUGUGGCCACCGUGGAGACUGUGUACCUCUACGGCAACCAGCUGGACGAGUUUCCCAUUAAUCUGCCCAAAAACACCAGGGUCCUGCAUCUCCAGGAGAAUAAUAUCCAAACGAUUUCUAGGGCAGCCCUGGCCCAACUGACUCGACUAGAGGAGCUGCACCUUGAUGAUAACUCCAUCUCCACAGUGGGAGUGGAAGAAGGGGCCUUUAGGGAGGCAAUAAGCCUCAAACUCCUCUUCCUCACCAAAAACCACUUAAGCAGCAUUCCCAUUGGCCUUCCAGAGGACCUGAAAGAGUUGCGGAUGGACGAGAACCGCAUUGCACACAUUGCAGAGGAGGCGUUUCAGAAUGUGACACGCCUGCAACGCCUCCUGCUGGAUGGGAACCUGCUAACGGAUGAGGGCAUUGCACCAGGGACCUUCCAGGAACUGACCAACCUCCGUGAGCUGGCCCUGGCCCGCAAUUCACUCACCUUCCCACCUCCCCUCUUACCUAGCCAGGCACUGGUCAAACUGAGCCUGCAGGAGAACCAAAUUGACCAGAUCCCUGUGGCAGCCUUCGCAGAACUUAACAGGCUGGAAAGACUGGAUAUCUCCAGCAACAAUCUACAGACUCUCACACAGGGCGUGUUUGAUGGCUUGUCUAGCCUAAAGCAUCUCAUGGUGCGCAAUAACCCAUGGCGUUGUGACUGUGCUGUGAAAUGGGUUGUGGUGUGGCUAAAGUCUUUGCCCUCCUCCAUCAACGCCCGAGGGUUUGUGUGUCUGAGUCCGGAAAAGGUGCGCGGCAUGGCAAUCAGAGAGCUCACGCUGGAUAUUAUAGAGUGCCCGAUUGAUGUUGAUCAGACACCCUGGCCCACCCUCCGCUCCACUCCCCCUCCCCCGCCAACAACUACUAUCACCACCAUUAUCUCAACACUGAUCACCACAUCCAUCCCUUUCUACUUUGACUCACCCUCUCCCCCUUUACCCCCAAUCCACAACAACCCUCCUGGGCCCUUGCCUCCUUAUGAGGACCCCCUUCAGAUCUCCUUCUAUGUGGUCAACUCUACCAGUAUCGAGGUGAGCUGGGCUUCCUAUUUCACCGUCACAGCCUACAAGGUCACUUGGGUCAAAAGGGGCCAAAGCCAAAUAAACGAAGGAAUGCGGGAGAGGACUGUGAGCGGGGACAGGCGGCAAAUUAGCCUCACUGACCUUGAGCCCCGAUCCGUGUAUCGGAUUUGCGUGCAUGUUCUUGACACCCUAAAUUCCUACAGACCCGGAGAGGAUACUAUAUGCUCUGAGGCCAGGACCAAGGCUGUUAUGUCUACCAAGCCUCCAGGUAGAGAGCCAUCUCCACAGGAGAGCAUUAAUUCCACGCUGCUAAUGGCUGGGAUCAUAGGUGGGGCGGUGCUACUCAUCCUAGUAACGCUGCUCAGCCUGUUCUGCUGGCACAUGCACAGGAAGAGCCGGUCAUCUUCGAACAAGUGGAAAUACAACCGGGGCAGGAGAAAAGACGACUACGGCGAGGCUGGAACCAAGAAGGAUAACUCCAUUCUGGAAAUGACUGAGACCAGUUUCCAGAUAGUGGCGCUGAACAAUGAGCAGCUGCUCAAGGGAGAUUUCCGCAUUCAGCCUAUCUACACGCCCAACGGGGGCAUUGGAUUUAGAGACUGUCACCUCAGUAACAACAGCCUAGCCUACUGCAAGAGCAGCAAUGUGCCGAGUACAGAGUUCUGCCACACGUGAUGCUGCAGUCUUCUCACAUACCAUAAACAAUGAAUACACGCAUAAGUACACACAUACACCGUUUGUGAAGAUAACAAAAAACAUUCAAAAUUCUAUUGAAAUAUAACUGUACUAUAUAUAUUUCCAAGUUCUGUCUACGAUGUAAUUUAUACUGUGGAUAAUAAUGUGGGAUUCUCUGCUAUCUUUUUUAUUCUUAGAAGAAGAGGUAAAAGUUUCUUUUUUUUAUAACCAGCAGGGUUUUGAACGUUGUUUUAAUGGUCAGUACUGUACAUGAACAUGGAUUCAUACAAUCAAGGCACCCUGGGUGUAGCUUCUGAUUGACGCUGUCAGCCUUGGAAUAUGUUGAGGGGGCGCUUAGAGGGCUGGGAUCCUUUGCUAACCACAGAAGCAAAAUAUGGCCUUUUUGCUCUUUAAAACACUGCAAACCUCCCCAGUACAACAGAACAGUAGUAAAAACAACACAGCACAGAGGAAAUCCAAACACUGCUGAUUAGAGCACGGUCGAAAAUUCAGAACCGGUUCAUUGGUGGUAUGUUCUGAAAAAAAAGGACUGAAGUGCACUUUCUUAUUAAUGGAAGGAGGCAGGAAAUGAGCAGAGGUGGUGAUCACAUGGAAGGGAGUGUGGACGGCUGUGUAGGAAGAAUGUCAUCGGUGCUGUUAAAAAGCCUGGACAGAGAUUCCCCAUAAGUGCCUUAACACUAAAAGCAUCUUUGUUCUACUGUUUUGCAAUUGAACAAAGGUGGGCUUAGUCAAGAGACACUUUUUGGAGAAAACAAUGUGAUAACCUUCAUCACAUUUGGUGUUUUUUUUUUGUGAGGAGAUGCGAUUAUUACCACAAGUUUAAAAAGGAACAAAGGAUUUUUGUCCCUAAUGAGGUGCAUGGAUGUGCUGAGACUCGCAGAUCCUUUUGAAGAAAUUCCCUAAUUUGUUCUGCUUCUUUUUUCCCUUGUUUUGGCAAUUGAGGCCACAAGGGGGCAGUUUCCCUUAGCGUCGUGUGUGGGACAGAGGGCAAGACAGACAGAGGGAAGGAAGAAAGGGAAAAAAAAGCUGCAUAGAUCACUUUACAUUCGCAAUUCCCCUAGAGUCCAUUACCCAGACGACAUUACUCAUGCUCAAACAACAUUGUUUAGCGUAUUAUUGCUCAUCGAGCUACUUAAUGAUGUGGAAUCAUUUAAAACUAACAGUGUUUUCUGUGUUCGGUGGCUAAAUGAUAUAGAUUUUCACCACUGUGGUCCAUCAUGAUUGGAAGGCCUCUGUUCCCAAAGCUAUGUGUGUGUGAGUACGAUGCAUUUGGAGAAAGCACACACAUAAUGCUAAUUAUACACCCACUUAUUUCCAAAUGUGUCCCAGCGUUCAUUAGGCUUUUUGAUAGAUUAGGAAAUUACCACAAUAGGAUCGUGCUCCGCCCAUGGAUCCUCACAAUGCUGCACACAGUUGUGACUGAGAAGCUCAUCCAGCAUCUCAUCAUUCAACCCUUUGUGCACAUUUUAUGAGACUGUCUACUUCAUUUAUGAUUCGGUCUACCUGAACAAUGCACCUGCUAGCUUCACACCAUUAGUUCCUGCGAUGAUGGUCCUCGCCCUUUUUCCCCUCAUUUUCCAUCCUUCCCUCCCCGUCUCCCUGCAUGGGCUCAAUUAAAACACUUUCCCUGCCCUUCAGCUUGUGCACUGUGGUGGCAGCUCUUUGCAUGCGAUGUGCCAGUGAGAGGUCUUCAUUAUGCACUUCUUAAGAAGACUUUAUUUGAUUUGACAAGAUUCUAGUUUGAGGGGCCAAGCAUAAAGAAUUCCCACCGCUGACCCAUUCGCCCCCACCUUUCCCCCUCUCCUCAUAAUCCUCGACCAAAAAAGGGAGAAAAAUAUGUAGACCUUAUUUUCACUUGGCUGCAUGGAGCUCACGCUGGGACACUGAGUGUGUGUUAACUCUUUGUGAGGUGCACAGUUUCUGCUGUUCCGACAUACAAGGUAGAUAACGACACAAACUAGGCUGGGCAUUUUAAGUGAAACGAUUGUUAAGGGCUUGUACUCGAGUUAUUCCAGUGUCAAGAUUAUCUUUGAGAGGAUUUUCUGUCAGCAUUUGGGAUAUCUCGAAAGUAGCUGCACUUACUGUUAUUCCAGCAAUAGCUACGAUCACGUGGACUUUUAUUUGAGGUGGUGCGUACAAUUCCAUAGCACCAGUGCUGAAAAUCUGUUCACAUUUUAAACAUUACCUAACACAAUGAAUGAAAUCUGUCUCAAUAUGUCAUGCAGUGUGAAGUGUCUUUUCAAAAAGACCUUUUUGUUGGAUUUUCUUUUUAGAAGCAAAUGGAUUUAUUUGAACAAGAUUAAACAUUUAAGCAUCAGUUCAGUUUCUUGAAAUAUUCUUAUUCACUCUCUUGCUGUAGUUUAGUUUAAUAAGAAAAAUCAUACCACUCUGAUGUCCUUGAACUAAAUGCAAAACUACUAACAGUGGCCAGUGAGGCUGGCUUAGCAUAAAAACUGGAAACAGCUAGCUUGGCUCUGUCCAAAAUUAGGAACAUGAAGUGUAAAACAACAUUGUCACUUUUAGACUUUUUUUGAAUUGAUUAAACACACACACACAUAUUGUGUUAGUAAGUGAUUGUUGACGGGUUUUGCUACAUUUGGACAGAGCAAGGAUUUCCCCCCUGUUUGAAAUAUUUAUGCUAAGCUAACUGGCUGCAGUUUUUAGCUUCAUAUUUACAGUAGGGGCAUGAUGGGGUCAAUCUUCUCAUCUUACUCUAAGCAAGUUGGGUUUAUCACAAAUAAGAUCUUCUGUGGUUACCAAGGCAUUUCUUUUUAUUUCAACCUGUUUCUAAGGAUAUCCACAGCUGAACAUAACCCCCACGCAGAAACACUUGAACAUUUACAUCAAAUAUCAUUUAUUAGUCUUUGUUCUGCCCUAUUUUAUGUCACAUGCUGAUCAAACAAAUGGGGGUCGAACUGUCACAACAUAAAGUAUCUCCCCUGUCUGUGAAUGUGUCAUGGAGACAGAUAUUUGCCUUACCUUUUAUGCAGGACUGAAUGAUUAGCUAGUGAGAGCGUUUAGUGGAAGGAAGAAAAGAUGAGACAUAAGGAGACGGCAAGAAGAAUGCAGAAAAGAAAGCACAUUACUCUCAACUAUUUGCAGCCACGGCAGCGGCAACAAUAACAGUGUUAACAGGAAGAACAACACGGAGCAUGAUGCACAGUAGCUAACGAGAGACUGUUCAUCCGUAGUGCCAGACCUUAAGCGGUGCAUGGCUAAUGAUUCGUGCUUUGAAGCUUUGGUGGUUGUUUUGCAGCGUACAUUACUCUUAAUGUUCUUGAUGAAAGAACGCGACUGCGGAUCUGUGACCAUGAAAUAACACAAAAUGUAUCAAGGACUGCUAGCAUAGGAUUAUUACUGUUUCUGGAUGCUGAGGAGUAAUUUCCCUUAAAGCUCAUUGAAUCAUGUUGAAAUAAUUAUGUUUAAUCUUCAAGAGGUCAAAACAAAUGAGUGGUUGAAUAUGUUUAAAGUCAUCUUUUCUACCUGCAAAUAUCUAUUAGCCAGUAACAUUCAUUCAAGGAUUUUUGCAUGUACUGUAUUUAGCUUCAUAGCCUUUCCUUUGUUUUUAUCUUACCAGGUUUUUUUUUCCCUUCUAGCAAUCACCCAGUAGUGGUUGAGGUACAGUAUGAGCAACCAUACAGGAGACUUUAGAGAAAGAAGGCUGGAAAGUUACAGUGCAUGUGAAGCUACUGCGUAUGGAUACUCAUGGAGACGCUGCAGUGUUAUGUUGGCCAUCCACACCAAGUUUUCUUAGGAACCAAAGUUAAAUUUCUGUUCUCAUGAUGAAAUAUUGAUGUUGUUCCAUGUAUGUGCCUUGAGGUUGAACUUACAAUGUAAAGUCCUUGAAAACCUUUAAAUGUUUUUGCACAAACUGUAAAUACUUAAGUGAAGCUUUUUGAAAAUAAAAGAGCCAUUGGAUUUGG